UGCACACAGUGACACCCACUGAGCCCAGGGGUCAGCAGGGCCUUGUGCACACAGUGACACCCGCUGAGCCCAGGGGUCAGCAGGGCCUUGUGCACACAGUGACACCCACUGAGUCCAGGGGUCAGCAGGGCCUUGUGCUUCUGCAGCCUCAGGGGCAAAUCGCUCCUUUCCCUUCUGUUGGAGACACCUCUGUUCCUGGCAUUGUGGUCCCUCCCCACCAUCCAGCAAACGUGCUCAUUGGCUCCUUGUUCCCAUCAUUCCAUCUUCUCUCUGUCCCAAGCACACCAGUGCCUGUUGGCUUUAAUCUAAGCCUCCUCCAUUCUGCAAUCCAGGGCUUGCCCAUAUGAAAAGUCCUCUUUUCAAGGCAAUGUAGGUCAGGGAUCAAGGUGUGGGCAUCUCAGGAGACUACUAUUCUUCCUACCACAAAUGCUACUCAGACACUGCAUAAAAACAGUGGCGUGGAGCCAAGCACGGUGACCUGUAUGACGUUUGGGAGGUUGGGGCAGGAAAACAGCCUCAAGUUUCGGUUGUGUGGUGAGUCUCAGGCCAGCCUGGAGUACAGUGUCCUUUUAUCUAAACAAAGAAGUACAAAACAGGCAAGAAAACCAACAAAUGGUAUCUGAUACCGUCUUCUCCCAUGUCAGGCUGCUGACCUAAUGGCUAGGCUUCCGGUCUUCCUCUUUUAUUUAUUCAGAUGCUUCUUCGGGAAUCAUCUUUCACAAUCCACUGGUUCCAUGAUGAUGAAAUUGCAGCAGGUCCCGUUGCUUCCUCUGUCCAUUCUAAGAUCAAGGGUCUACAUGUAACAGGAGCAGCGUCUAAGGCCACUGUUGUGUGUGGUCUGGAGAAUGAGCUACAGCAGCCGAGCUUUUGAAUGAGUUUGUUAAGUGUAUAUCAAGCAGGAGUAAAAUAAUAAAUAGUGAGUGGCAGAUAGAGAAAAGAGGUAGUAAAGCAUCAUCAAAGCAGGUUGCUCACAACAGCCAGCAGAAAUGACUGGAGUAGCCUAAUAGAUAGAGCAAUCAAAAGCUGGCAUCAUCAAAUCGGGUCUCACGACACCCGACAAAAAACAAGUCAGAAGUUUCUGAUGGACUCUGUGUCUGAGCUGCCCAUGGCUGAACGUCUGGCUUUCCCACUGCAGGCGUUUCAUAUCAUGGGAUAAACAACAGCAACCCCUGUUGGAAGCGGUUGCCUCAUCGGUGUUUUCAGGAACAUUGUUCCCUUUCCACCCUGCCGUAGAGUUGACAGAAGGCGUCUCACCCCCAAAUGAGAGGGUUUGGAGGUGAGACAAACAUGCUCAGGUCUGAAACGGGGGUGGAAUGUGCAAUCUCAAUCCCAGGGUCCAUUUUUUUUAAUUAAUUUAUUUCAUUUUAUAUGCAUUGGUGUUUUGCCUGCACUGGAGUUACAGACAGUUGUAAGCUGCCAUGUGGGUGCUGGGAAUUGAGCCUGGGUCCUCUGGAAGAACAAUCAGUGCUCUUAACCACUGAGCCAUCUCUCCAGCUCCAGGGUCUACUUUUAACAAGCUUAAUCACAUGUCAUCAGAUCAAAUUGCCAUCACACAAUUUACCAAUAAAGUCUGCGUUACAACACCCUACAGUUUAGUCUUAGAAUUCCUCUUCCCCAAGGGUGGUCUGCUGGGACAGCUGUUGAGUACCUUCCUGGCCUUUUUGCCUCUCUGUGUGCCCUCAGUUCUCUGAUUUUGCAGGUGCUUUCUCCCUCAAGCCCUCCCUGCUGAUACAUGCUUCUUUGCAUAAGUGUCUAGGCCUGGGCUCAGUGCAGCUCAGACUCUGCCCUCUGGCUGCACCUCACGUUCCCCGAGGCCAGAACUGAGUCUCCCAUGAAAUUUUCUCCCACCAUGAGCUAAGCCAGUGACCAGUUUCUAUUUCAAGAAUUUUUAAAAAAAAGACAGAAAGCAGAACAAAAGCCAACGACACAAUUUCCUUCCAUCCCAGUGACUCAUGGGCUCAUAAUUUUGUGGAGUUUCGGGACCAAUGUCAAAAACCUCAUCUUUGAGUCUGUCUCUCACACAGAAUAGGAACAGAGUUCACCUGCAGUUGGCUCGCCGUUGACCCUGUCCUUACAUAAGCUUAAACCUACAAUGCUCUGCGUCUGAUAUUUUGCAUCAAGGAAAGAGACCAGAUCUAUUGCCAAGAGUUCAGGGCUCCCUUGGCCGCACCCUGGCCUUCAGCACAUACAGCCCCUCCCUGGUUAUCCUCCGCCUCCAGGCAAUCUUGGUGCUAUUGUGUGGCGGUGCUGCUCAGUGGACACCUUCAAUCCUGUACUGCUCACAUGACUGCAGGGAUCUGAGGAAAUACACUUGGGGAGAUUUACUAAUUUUCAGGUUUGAUUAAAUGGGUUAUCGUCAAAUAACAAAGUGCUUUUCGAACAACCAGAGAAGCCAGGAAAAAUGAAAAUGUGCGCCAAUCACUUGGCGCUGGAGUCCAGGGAACGUGUCUACAGAAGAGCCGGAAGGGAACAGAGCUCCUGUGUCUACGGUGUCACUCUGCUGUCAAGUACGUUCGCCUUGGUGUUUGGAUUCUCAUCAGGACACUGUACCCAUCCUACAGCUGACACUGUCUGGUGUCUGGAGCCUUUCGGGGUUCGCCCUCUGUGGCCUUGCCAGCAUUGAGGCCCGAGGUCAAGGUUGAUUUGAAGUAGCUCUCUGGGUCAUACGGGAAAGACAUAGCUUAUUGCCAAGUCUAUGUAAGUCUGUGCCUCCUCUCUAGGACCCAACCCUAUCCCCAAGUCACUUGGAUGCUCUUGCGAAAACAAGCAGAGAAUGAUUCACCACGCCAUCAGCUCCGGACAGCUCUCUGCUCAGAGAACAGUCACCAUGAAGAGUUACCAUGCGCUCCCACCACUCAGCAGCCAGGGGCUCACCAGAGAAGGAGCAGACACAGUGCUGCAAACCAAUAGCCUCUCUAGUCCAGCGGCUCUCCACCUUCCUAACACUGCGACCCUUGGAUACAUCUCCUCACGCGGUGCUGACCCCCAACCAUAACACUGCUUUUGUCGUUGGUACUUCAUAACUGUAAUUUUGCUACUGUUAUGAGUCAUAAUGUAAACUCUACGACCCCUGGAGGGGGUCCCGACCCACAGGUUGAGGACUGCUGUUCUAAGCUGCCUCACCACUGAGCUUAAGGCCAAGGUUAAAACCUUUACACAGUUCUAAGGAUUCUGUGUUUAAAGCAUGUAUCAUGAUAAUGAUAGUCACACUCAAAUGGAAAAUCACAAAGAAAUAGGGAGAUUUUUGUGAACUGAAGUGUCCCCCAUCAGCCUCACAUUCACAGGGGUAGGAGGGACCCCUGGGAUGAUUGAUGGUUAGAGCCAGGGGUAGCCAGCUGCUUUUGCCCAGGUGGAUAGCAGAGACUCUGGCCUAAAGCAGACGUAAGAUUCCUGAACAGUUGAGUCCAGGGCUGAAAACUGCUGUGUCGUGCCCUUCUGACCCAAGAGUGCCUGCUUCCCUAUGACAACUAUGUCUGAAAAAGAAAUGGUGCCCCCCCCCCCAGCUUGGCUGGGAACCCUCUCAGUGGGUUUGUGCUUGCUGGGCUAACAGGCUUCCCCUUGAUUGGUUCUUAGUCUUCACCUCAUUUGCAUAUGCCCAGCCAAUCAGAGUCUGCCUGGCUCUGUAUAACUAGGUGCAUGGUCUCUGUAUAUCAAAGUCUGCUUGGGUCUGUGUAACUAGGUGCAUGGCCUUUGUAUUGUCACAUUCAUUAUACAGCUCCUUGGGGAAGGAAAAACAGACGACAGCUCCUGCCUUUGAGACUCCCUAGACAUACUCCUGUAAUGCCUGCAGCUACUGGCAGGGGAGCUCACUCCUGCCUCAGACUCUCAGGCCCCUUUCCUUCCACCAUUCUCUUUGAUGCUAUGUCUUCUGUGACGGCCAUUCUUGGUUGUCAACUUGACUACAUCUGGAACUAACUAAAACCCAAAUGGCUGGGCACAUCGGUGAGGGACUGUUCUUAAAUCAAUCUUUUGAAAUGGGAAGACCCACUUCUAAUCCUGAUCUUGGAGGUGGGAAGCUCCACCUUUAACCUGGGCCGCACCUUCUGCUGGCAGCCUACAUAAAGGACAUGGAAGAAGGAAGCUUGCUCUCUCUUCUCCUGCUCACCUUCACUCUUGCUAGCAAGUCCAUUCCUUCACUGGCAUUAGAGCCUACUUCUUCAGGACUUUAGUGUACACUAAAGACCAGCUGAGGCAUCCAGCCUCAUGGUCUGAAGAACUACUGGAUUCUUGGAACUCCCAUUGGUAGACAGCCAUUGUUGAACUAGCUGGACCACAGCCUAUAAGCCAUUCUAAUGAAUCCCCUUCAUAGUUCUGUCCCUCUAGAGAACUCUGGCUAGCACACCUUCUGAAGACUUCUUCUUCGGAGGACUGCUCUCUUGACAUCCUGAGAGCAGAGAGCUGUGACACUUCCCGACAGCCUUUUGGUUGGAGUCCUUCUGUCGCCACUGGUUCAAAGGUUCUCCCGGCCUGCUCAGCUUGUUGCUCCCACAUGAUGACCUUCUGUUUUCCCAUUUGAAUUAUUAAUACCAUAUGAAUAAAGCCCUCUUCAUUUCUUCAGCCUUAGCCAUCUACCCACUUCAUUCUCAGAGUGGGCAAGACAAUUAUUCAACAGAAUUCAUGAGGAUUGACUAUCUCAACGUGACAGAUCGUCAAGAGGAGGAGACCGGAACAGGCAAACACAUUUAUCUCAUGUGUUAUCAUCGGGCAGUGCAGAUUAUUAAGAAGGCUUUGACCUCUAGGUCUGGGUUUUAUUUAGGGCUUGUGUUCUUUCUUAGCCAUAGAUUACAGUUUUGCCCUCAUUAUUCUAUGACGGACUAUCAGGGAACCUGCAGUCAGUCCCUGGAGUCUACUGUUACCUGAAUUCACAGAGGAGUGGGAGGGUCAGAGCAUGUGCCUUAAUACAAAUCUCAAAGACACACAGGUAAGUAUUCACACUCAGAUGUCAUGUAUGGGCUGGACUACUAGGAUGUAAAAUUCCAAAUCACCUUGCCAGUCUGCAAGGAAUCACAUGUAGAGUCCUUCCAGUCUUUAGGACCUUCCUUCAUGUAUUUCCUAGAGACUGUGUCUGCUGCCGCUUAACAGUCGAGUCUGGACUUCUGCUCUCAGGUAAACGAGAGCUAUGCUGUCACCUCCUCUGUGAGUGUAAGAACAUGAGCAACCAGAGGAUGAGUCUGGAAUUCAGCGAAGGCCCUCUCAGUGUUUCCUCACUCGAGAUGUCAUUCUUUCCUACCAUCCAACUGGACAGUGUCCCGAGCAGGUUCAGGUUGACGGAUACCAGCACAGGCACUUCUGGGGGGCUCCCCCGGAUGUUUGCCUGUCAGAGUGGACAGAGGGCAAUGCUUGUGGACACCCUCCACCCAGCCUGCUCCCAAGUCAGGAAGCAGCGGCAGCUGUGUGGCAUCUGCCGGAGGCGGCUCCCCUCGGGCCUUGGAAGCCCUACUCUCUCUCCAGCUGAGGGGCCCGAGGGUUCUGCAGACACACUCACAAGGCCCCAUGUUAGGUUCUCCUUACCAGGCAGGAGCGCCUCUGACCAGAGCCAGGCAGUGGAUGUCUUACCAUCCAAUGGAUACAAUCAGAGUCCUGGGCACCUGGCCUCUCCUGCCUGACAAGGACUGGUCCUUGAUCACGGAAAGAGAAAGAGAAUCAAUUUAAGGUCUCCCAGGAGUAGGACUGUCAAUCCCAACACAGUUAGAACUCUAUAUGUCUCCAGGAUCAGUGUGACCAAGGGUCCCCAGAUAGAAAAUGACACAUUCUUACAAAAAAAAUGUUCCUUCUCUUUCCCUUUAAAUAUUUAACCACUCCAAAUACUGUGCUGCGGAUAAGAAGUGAGGGCCAGGGCUUGAGGCUGUACACCAACUCUCACUGUUUCUCAUCCUCGCCCUUGACCACAAAACCCAGAGGGACAAUUUGGUAGAAGAAGCAUUUGGUGGAAUGAUGAAAUUUUGCCUUGUGUCUCCUGUUUAGCCUCAUAGAGAUCAUAUCCUCUUUGUGAACAUCUCUAAGCAGUUUGUUUUUAUUUUAAAGAAGUUUUAUCCUUUUUCAAGAAUGUGCACUGAGAGAACUGAGUUUUUAACUCUAUUGUGUGUGGAAAUCUCGCUAUCCUCAUUGUCAAUUGUAGACAAUCUGGCUCCCAUCAGUCCUCUGUGUGGAUGGAUAUGAGCUUACUCUAGCUGAAUCAUGGGUGUGUUGGUAGCUAUUAUUUAACCUUAUAAAACCCCAGGGCGUGGCCCUUUAAGACAGAGAGUCAGUUUAGAAUGGACAGGUUUCCUGGAAUUCUAAAGCUAGCUGUGUGGAGGACACAGAGAGCUGUUGGGAUAUGGCCUAGAUGAGCAAUGUCCUGGCAGAAGCCGUCAUCUUAGGCUAGGUGAGGAUGCCCCGGGUGGGGGGGGGGCACAGAGGGAGGGUACUCCCUGGAGAGAGGGACUUAGGAGCCCAUGUUGGGGAGUGUAGAGUCCCCCUUCUGAGAAGUCAUGGAUGCCAGUCCUCUGCAGAAAACCAUGGGGCCCAGGGCCAGCGCGGGUGAGGUGGGCUGUGACCAACCCUGCUAUGGAUGCCUUUGUCUGCCUCUCACUAGGAGACGCCUUGUCUCCAGCCAGGGUCCCUGUCACUGUGGCUCAGCUUCUCAUCCUUGUUUAUAUACAGCCUAGGCUUAUAAACACAAGUACGUAUGUGUAGAAACAGGAAAUAUGUGGUUAUAUUUGUGAUUUUGGAUCAAGACAUUCCCAAAGGCUCUGCCUGAGAAGCCUUGCCACUCACCAGUCCUCAAUUUCUUUCCCAAACCUGCCAGUGGCCACCAUUCCCUACACCAGAAAGGGGGUGGGAAUUAGCUGUAGUGGGACUUGGUGGAGAGGUGGGAGGGGAGUUAAUUUGGUUGCUGGUGCCUGUGUUGGGGCCUCGGCUCUCCUAUGGAAGGCUGCUCCUUGCUUUUCCUCUCCACUCAGCUGUCUCCUGCUGGACUCCUCCCCCACGGCUCCAAGUCUCAGGUUCCAUAAACCCCUGCUUCUACGUCAUUGUUUAAGGUUAUGGAGCUGUAGGUUGGGGACAAGGGGUUUGUCCUGAUGACAGGCAGUCAAAGGCAUUCCCAGCAGAGGUCUGAUGAAGGACUAAGAUGUCCCAGGUCCCCUCUCAAGGCCCUGCUCACCUCCAGGUGAUCAGGCGCCAUGCUGACUCCCCAAAUCAAAGCAUUGUCCACCCACCUCUGGGGACAUACCACUUGUAAGUGGCCAGGUCCUUUCCAUUCUGUGGUUUCCAGACAUGGAAACUUUUUCCUGGUCAGCUCCAGGUGGAAACUCUCCAGGCAGUAGGGUGGGAAAUUCAAUGAAACGUGGCUGGGCAUUCUCCAUUCUAAGUGGGAGGACUGGAAGACCCUCAGCUGAUAAUUGGAGGGGCAGAGGUGGGAUGCACCAAGAAGCCCCCAUGACCCUUCUCUUUUACAACUAGAAUGCUUACUGGUCAUCUCGAGGCUAAGGAGUCAGUGGAGGCAAACCAUGUUGGAGGACCCGAGUCAGGGAGCAGGGGCCAACCAUGGGAAGGAUAUGGAGGCUACAGCCCUGGUCCUUGGAGAGGACAGCAGCAAGUCUGAGGAGAUCGUGGGACUGCAGAAGCAGAUCUGUGAACUUGCCUCAGAGCUCACGAGACAGGCAUCUUGGUGGUGUGCGGCUCACAAAGACCUCCAAAACCAGAUCAACGUUCUGAUGAAGGAGAACCAGGAGCUCCGGAAGGAACUGAAGGCUUUGAAGCAGCGGGGUGUGGAGGCCAAAAUAGCCUCGCCACCCCUGGCAAGAGCAACCAACACUAUGCCAGUGUACAUAAAGAUAGAGGGAAUUGAUUCAGAGAAAACAACGUCGGAUGACGCUCCUUCCGGAAGUCCUCAAAACGGAAGUACAAUGGCCAUUGGAAGAACAGAUUCCUUAGACGAAAGACUGUCUUAUAUGUCUCUUGAUGAAAAGGUUAUGCACCUGUCUUCCAAGUUUAUGCAAAGACACUUUGGCAAGGCAUCACCAGAACCUCUGUCGGACACCACAUUCCUGGACACAGAGUCAGCACCUGAUAUGUGGUCCUCCAAUCCAGAGAGUUCUGAAGGUGAGCUGCUCAUUCAUGCUCAAGAAAGCAGGCACCUCCCUAGUUUUCUCCAGAAUGCACAGUGGAUGCAGGAACUUCUGGCAGGGUCGGGACCUCCCAGAGAAGAACCGCACCCCAUGGACACGGAGAAGGACAAUGAGACGCAGGAAAAGCGACACCCGAAUGGCAAGGUGGAGCAGGUUCUCAGCGACGGGCGAACCAUCAUCACCUUCCCCAACGGAACCAGGAAGGAGAUCAGUGCGGACAAGAAGACGACCCUCAUCAAGUUCUUUAACGGUGACAUGAAGAAGGUCAAGCCUGAUAAGAGAGUGAUUUAUUAUUAUGCAGAUGCUCAGACUACACACACAACCUACCCGGAUGGUGUUGAAGUCGUGCAGUUUCCGAACAAGUGGACUGAAAAAUUCUACCCGGAUGGCUCCAAGGAAACCGUGUUUCCUGAUGGGACCGUGAAGCAGCUUAGGGAUGGAUGUGAGCAGACUGUGUUUCCUGAUGGGACAUACGUGACGGUGAAAAGGAAUGGAGACAAAACCAUCAUGUUCAGCAAUGGGCAGAAAGAAAUCCACACAGCCAGGUUCAAGCGGAGGGAAUUCCCAGAUGGCAGCACCAAGACUGUGUACUGCAAUGGCUGCCAGGAGACCAAGUAUGCCUCAGGGAGGGUCAGGGUCAAAGAUGAGAUGGGAACUGUCAUCCUGGACUGGAAGUAGAGCAUCCUCCAGACUCAGUGUCGGUCACUAGGCUCCAGUGACAGUUUUGAGCAGAGCAGACAAAACAACUCACAAUGGUAGAUUCCCCUGACAGUCCUACAGAUCGCCCACAAAUCGGGAGAAGAGAGGCAUCUAAAAAUUGUAAAGAAAAAGACCAUCUAGCCAUCAUCUGGGGAAAGAGGUCAGAGAAGCAGUAGCCAGGAACGAGGCUUCCAGACUGUGUCUUCUGACAGCCUGGGCCUGGAGCAGAAGAUAAAGGGAAGCAGUCUGCGUACUGCCUUCUAAUUCCUAAGAGCAGCCAUUAACAACAGCCAGCCAACGCCUACCUGUUGUCUACUUCUAGCCCUCUUCAGACUCCUCAUAAGUGGGAUCCAGGGGGAUGUAUUUUCACUGGUGUUUGGUGUAUUAAUAGACAUGAUUUAACCACCUUAAAGUGUCUAGACAGAGCCUCAUGUAGCAUUCUAUCCCAUAAA